AUGCGGCUUCUAUUGGGUUUCUUCGUGCUGAUACACUACAUCAUCGGCCUCGCUGUUUCUCAGGGUGGCUUCGUCAAUAGCUGCAAAGACCUCAAGCUCCCUCGUGAUAGUACGGUUCUUCAUGCAAAUUGCCGCCGGAAGUCGGGUGAAUAUGUGGAGAACUGGCUAGAGCUGAACAAUUGCAUCGGUAAUAACAAUGGAGACCUCAUGUGCCGCUUACGGGCUUUCUUGCAUGAGCUGUUCAGUUAG